CAGUUACUUCCUUUGUCCUCCUCCUACGAAGUACCAUUAUUCCUGGCUUCUGUCAGUGUAAUUUUUGGAGUCUGUUCCUUAGUGUUAUGUGAUGUUUGCUGAAGGUUUAUGAUAUAUAACUUUUAUAAAUAAGGAUUUUCUUUCUGUUGCUCGUUUGCUAAGUUUUUGUUUUUGUUGUUGUUUUAGUCAUAAAUAUGUGUUGAAUUUUUCAAAUGCCUUUUUUUGUGUGUGUGUCUAUUGAGAAAAGCAGGCGAUCUUUCUCUCCUUAGGGAAAAAAAAACCCUAUUUAUAUGGUGAAUAUACUAAGAGUGCUUCCAUUGUGGGACCUCCCUUGCACCCCUGGGACAAUCUCUACAUGAUCAUGGUGCAUUAUUUUUAAAAAAUAUACUGUUGGCUAAUAUUUUAUUUACAAUUUCUGCAUCUAUGUUCACGUUCAUACAAUUGUCCAACUUGAUUGUUGGAGCUACUUGCAAACUAAUAGUGUGUAAGCUGUGAGAGGAGGGGGAACCUCUCUCUGUGGGCUCCAUGCUAGGGGUUUUUCUGUUUGUUUUGUUUUGUUUUCUGAAUGGCCUAUGAAAAGACUUCUGACACAUAAGUUUGGAGCUUUUCUUAACUCUGAGUAGUGUGGGGACAGAGCCCUUUUGUAUCUCAAGAGAUGCAGCAAGCAUUAUAGCCUUGCAGCACCAUGGCCUAGGGACUUACCAGACACAAGGAAAUACAUUUCCUGUCGUGGGGCUCCUUCUGUGCUUCUCCCUUGUCGUGAGGUUCUGUGCUGCUUGCUUCCUCUGUGUCUCAGUAUCUCUCUCCUCCUCCUGUCAUGUCUCUUUAUCUUUGUCUUGAUGCUUUUUAUUUCUGUCAUCGUCAUUUUCUGUCCCGCUCAGUGCCUUUGGGCAGGCCACUGGUCUUUUCUCACCCUCAGUCUCCCCUUCUUUGAAGUGGGAACAAGCCCCCGGGUUACAGCCUUGUGCAAAUUGCCCUGGAGGUAUCUUGGUCUCUGUCAUUCUUACCCUUCUCUGUGUGGCCACUGUAUCUUCCUGGCAUGCUUGUUCCUGAAGCUUGUGGCAAACCCUGGUGGUCGGAGAAUUUGGACGUGACCCGCCAUUGGCCCUGGGAAGUAAGCCUCCGAGUAGAAGAUGAGCACGUGUGUGGAGGGGCCCUCAUCGACCUCAGCUGGGUGGUGACUGCCGCCCACUGCAUCCAAAGCACCAAAGAGUACUCAGUGAUUCUCGGCACCUCCAAGCUGAAGCCCAAGGACGCCAUGAAGGCCCUCUCAAUCCCCGUGAAGGACAUCAUUUUGCACCCCAAGUACUGGGGCCGGACCUUCAUCAUGGGCGAUGUUGCCCUUCUCCAGCUUCACACUCCUGCCAUCUUCAGCAAGUACGUGCAGCCCAUCUGCCUCCCGGAACCCAGCUACAACUUGAAGGUUGGAACACAGUGCUGGGUGACUGGCUGGGGCCAGGUUAAACGGCGCUUCUCAGCCAACUCCACGCUGAUGCCAGAGCUGCGAGAGGCUGAGGUGUUUAUCAUGGACAACAAGAGAUGUGAUCGGAUUUACCGCAAGAAUUCCCUCGUCCCCCGAAUUGUCCCCCUUGUGCUAGGGGACAUGAUCUGUGCCACCAAUUAUGGAGAAAACAUGUGCUAUGGGGAUUCUGGGGGUCCACUGGCUUGCGAAGUCGAGGGCAGAUGGAUUCUGGCUGGGGUGUUGUCCUGGGAAAAGGCCUGCGCCAAAGUACGUAAUCCAGAUGUGUACACCCGUGUCACCAAAUACAGCAAGUGGAUCAAGAAGCAAAUAAGCAACGGGGUUCUCUCUGGACCCCGCACCUCUCCCUGGCUCCUACUCCUGUCUUGGCUGCUGCAGCCCCUAAUGGACCCCUGAUCUCCCCACUCCCUUCUUCUCCAUGCUUUGCCUCUGCUGGAUCAACCUUGAUCUCUGGCCAGAUCAAGGUUAGACCAAGGUCAUGAUUCUGUUUUCAACAAGAGUCAAAGUUGGGAAAGAGUGGCCCCUGGGAGACUGGGUCUUGCUUUAGCCUCCUAGUGAGGAGGGAUAUGGUGGAUGACUAGGCCUUGGGUGACCAGGAGAAGGGAAGUGUGGCCUAGAAGCGCUCUGGAAUUGGGGCCAGAACAGUAGGGAUUAAAUGUGUGCAAAUAUAUGCUGGCUCUAUUCUCUUUUCUGGGUGGCCCUGGGGGCUGGGGUUCAGUGAGAGGGCCAGGCAUCCUGAAAUUAAUUCUGCCAGGAGACUCAUCAGGGUAGGGGCUGAUAGCUUUUGCUGUAGUACUUGGGCUGGGGCAUAGGGAAAGGGCCUGGGCCUGAGGCCUCGGUUCCCUCAACUGUAAAGUGGGUGUGCUGUGGGGAGCAGUUGAGACACACCCCGUAGGUGACAGUAGGAAGGACCCACACAUAGUGCUCCAAAAUCAGCUUCCUUUUUUCUUUAAAUGGCAUUUAAAACUGAUUACAAAAGUAUUGCAUGUUGACUUUCUAAAUUUUUAAAAAUUAAAAACAAUUACAAAUAUCUGAAUACAUUUUUGUCAUGAUUUACUUAAAAAAAUUCAGAUACAUGUUAAAACUCCCUCUUGCUCAUUCACCCCCACCAUUCAUACUGACCCCUUCCCA